AUGAAAACCGGUAUAAACGCAGAAAAGUUAAUACAAAUGGAUUGUCAGUAUGUCCUGGAGGAUGGUCAGAACUACAGCAUUGGGGGCACGUUCGCCUGGCUGUACUCGGCCCCUACGUUUUUCUUCGCCAACAACAAACUGUAUUCGACCGAGGACGGCUCGCUGACCAGUGACAAGGAGACGACUAUGACGAGUGGUAUGGACAAACUCGGGCCUUGGCAGAGUAUAUCAAUACAUUACUCCGCUGGAAGUUCGAAGAUAAUCGCCACCAUGAAAACCUACCAGACACCACUGCUUCCGUUGAUAAUAUUUCGUCAGACCUACGUUAAUGGAGCUAACGCCACGAGAGCUGGGACAACCAAUCAGACAAUUGGCGGCUAUCCCAGUUUCCUGGUACAGGAAGCAAACAUCACACUGGGUUAUCUUUCCUUUGGUGGUGACAUGUUCGGUGACAUAAGUAAACGGAUGGGCAUCUGGAAGCCAGGGACGGACCUCAGAGACGGUAUGACCGGGUCGGGCCCGCUCGCUGUGUUUGACGAGGAAGGACGAACUCUGGUGUUUGUUCCUCUGAAAAACUUCAUGUCAGCGUCCAUGUGGCAUGACCAGACGACUUCCUGUGUGAGCUGGGGAAUUAUGGGAGGUGUAGACAGCGUGCCCGCGGGAUUUGAACACGAAACGCUCGUUUACUACAGCCCAGAUGGUAUCAAUGAGGCGUUUCGAGAUUUGGGUUACAUCAUGCGUUUCCUGUACCGAAAGACAUCGUAUUUUCGACAGUUAGACUUGUCUCUGAAUUACUUAGGAUACUGGACUGACAACGGUGCAUACUAUUAUUACAACACUGAAGCCAACAAGACUUAUGAAGAAACAAUUAUAGACAUCAAGACUUACACUGACCAAAUUAACCUGCCAAUCAAAUAUUUUCAGGUAGACUCCUGGUGGUACUACAAAGGACCUAACAAUGGCGUCACUCUUUGGGAACCAAUGCCAGAAGUGUUUCCACGUGGUUUAAAAUUUUUACAGAAGAAGCUUGGUGUUCCGAUAGUAGCACAUAACAGAUACUGGUCCACAGAAUCCAACUACUCUAAAGUUAAUGGUGGGAAUUUUACGUUUAUCGAGGGGAAACGGAUGUCCCUUCCAAAUGACCCGACUUUUUGGAAUUACUUACUGGGUCGUGGCAAGCAAUGGGAUUUAAUCGUGUACGAACAGGACUGGCUAAACGUGCAGCUGCUAGGUCUGGCUGAUCUACAGACAAAUCUUAAUCUGGGACGAAACUGGCUCCAGAGGAUGGCGGAAGCAGCCGAAUGGCACGAUUUGCGGAUACAGUACUGUAUGGCUUUGAGUAGACAUGCCUUGCAGAGCAUCGAGUUUCCCGUCGUUACCCAGGCUCGUGUCUCCACUGACUACCAUCUCCGGGACGACCAAUGGAAGAUCGGCAUCACCUCGAUAUUUGCCGACGCCAUGGGUGUGGCUCCGUCCAAGGACACUUUCUGGACGACCUCGGACCAGCCGGGAAAUCCGUUUUUUCCAGAUAAAACGGAACUGUUUCCGGAAAUCGAGACUCUAGUAGCUGUGUUGAGCACUGGGCCCGUGGGACCUGGGGACAUGAUAAAUGGGACAGAUAGGUCCUUACUUAUGAAGUGUUGUAAUGAAAAUGGACUCAUACUGAAACCAUCAAAACCAGCGACUGCCAUCAAUGCGCAGAUUAUGGAGGCUGCCUUCAACAACGGGCGCGGCACAACCGGAGAGGUAUGGUCGACGUACUGUGAUUUAGAAGAUGUCAGAUUUGGAAUUAUAUUCGCCACCAGCAUGUCCGCACCAUACAACCUGACGUGGAAAGGAGCCGGUUUUCGACAAGACCAUUCAAAGUUUGAGAAAAAUAAAUUGUAUUCCGCUCACAACACCAGUUGGCUUGUCGACUUUGAUGAAGAACAUUCUUUCGUGUUACACGACUGCAGUCUCCAGACACCCCCCUACUACUGCCUGUUUUACACGUCACCGGUUAUAGAAGUGGGUGGGAAAAAGAUCGUCUUGCUAGGAGAUUUGACCAAAUUUGUUCCGAUGUCCAGCCAAAGGAUAUUCAAGUUAUGGCUGACAUUGACCACGGUCGCCGUCACGCUGAAGGGGAAAGUAAACGAGAUGGUUCAUUUCUCAUACUACAUCGACGACGUCCGGGCAGACGUGAACAAAACAGCAGACAGCAAGGAAUGUGCUACCUUCGUCUUAUACACAACGACACCCUCACCAGCGUCGCCGACCGCCAUUCCACCAUACCUGGACUGCACCAUACCAACAGUGCAGACCACGACUACAGCAGCAACCACUAUUAUAACUACGGCAAAAGCAACGACAACGACAUCCACCACGUCGCCAGUGACGACCAAUCAGAGUGACAGAACACGCCAGACAACCGGGACGUCUGCAGCCUAUAAAACAAUCACGUCUGGUUUUCUCUGCAUCACAGCGGUAUUAAUUAGCAAUGUUCUUAGUGUGACAAAUUAA